AAAGCUGCAUAGCUACGCCGCGGCCGCAGCGACGGGCUGAGAGCCUGCGGGGGCGCGGACCCGGCUGGAGAAGAGGCUGGGCGGACGACAGCGGGGACCCGGCCUCGACUCUGAGCUGCGGCGAGGGUGCGCGAGUGCGGCGCACUGAGAGAGCCCCUGGCCACUUCUGGGGGCGCCCUGAGGGGGGAGCGGCCCGUGUGGCCCGAUCCCGGGGCGCUGUGACCCGGCCCCGAGCAUCUCGGGGGUCAAGGCGCGUCUUCGGAGGCCGCCCGGGGCCCAGCGCUGCUGCCACCGAGCCCCGGGGCGCCCCCUGGAUGGCCGAGCUGCCCCCUCGCCGGCCGCCCGGGCGCCGCAGCGGCUGAGGUCGCUGGGAUCGCCCGGCAGCCGCCCCCACCGCCGGCCCCUGCAUGCCCGGCGCCCGGGUCGCAGCCCACCUGGACGCUCUGGGCCCUCUGGUCUCCUACGUGCAGCCACCGCUGCUGCCCUCUAUGUUCUACGUGGGCCUGUUCUUCGUCAAUGUGCUGAUCCUCUACUACGCCUUCCUCAUGGAAUACAUCGUCCUCAACGUGGGCCUCGUCUUCCUGCCCGAGGACUUGGACCAGGCUCUGGUGGACCUCGGCGUGCUCUCCGACCCCGGCUCUGGCCUCUACGAUGCCGAUUCGGAGCUCGACGUCUUUGAUGGAUAUUUGGAGUAAGGUCUUGACUACUGUGCCCCACUUGCCUUCCACUAUCCGCAACUCUUGGCCUGGACCAGCCCUCCAUAUCAUGCCACUGCCACUAGUUGGGGGCACCAUCUGGACCGGGAUGGGACCCCAGGAAGAGGCCCGCCUGCUCGUGCCAACAACCGGGUUCCCGCCCCAACCCAGGAGUAUGCCAGGAGAGGUGGGGACCCAGUGCCAAGAUGGGAGAGUUGCCAGGCCCUGCAGGACGGAGAAGGGCUCCAAAGACCUCACCCACCACCCCGUUCUCAGACGUCCUGGACCUGGCUUGUGACUCUCCACCUUUGGGAUGGCUGUUCACAGGAACCUAGCCAGAGGUCACCUCUCUGCACUUCACCCCCAACUGCACCUGCCUCCCUCCCUUAACCUCUGGGAAGGACACGGAGAGCGGAAGUGGGAUGCAAACAGACUCUCACUUAGGCCACUCCCUCCAGCGUCGUUGGUGCGGUUGAGCCUUAAGCCUGGGUAGGCUUCAGACCCAAGACUGUUGAUCAUAGUUUCAGGGAGUCACUCUGAAGAAGGCUAUGCCAGGGCCCAGGCGGGGUUUAGCCUCUCCAGGUUGACAGAACUGAGAUGCCGCACUGGGGAAGAAAUCUAUUUUUGGAAGUGUGAGUGGUGUGGGAUGUGUGAGUGGUACAGAUACUUGAUUUCCAUAAACCUGUAAAAGCAAUACUUAGAGGCUGACUUAUUUCAUUAAAAAAUGUAAGCAAUGCCAA